AUGGCUACCGGAUUCUCUCCCACGCCUCGAAAGGAAGGGACGUGGACUAAAUUGGUGAUAUUCGUUUCGUUAUAUUGCCUGAUCCUCGAGUCCAUUGUCGGACUAGUCCUUGUCUUCUAUCUGUAUGGCAAUCAUUGGGUCGAUUCGAAGAUGACCCUGAGCUUGGUUCUAUGCAUGGUCGCAUCAUUUCUAACCAUCCCGCUGGUCUCGCUUCAGAGCUUGGUCGCCUGGCAGUAUAACAAGAUUGGAGGAUUCGGAGAGCAGAAAACAGUCCUCCACAAUAUCUGCACGUACUUUCUCCGACUGGAUCUUCUGCUAUGGCUCGCUACGAGUGUAACUGGUUUGAUUGUAGCUGCCCAGCAGCUAGCAUGUCUUCCAGCUGGAACAGAUGCCAGCUACUGGAGAGUUGGCACCAGCUGCGUGUUUCACCGAUCAUCAGUCAUCGUAUCCAUCAUUUCAUUGGUCACGGUGUGUACCAUGUACUGUGCACGAGAGCUUUGCGAUCGUCCAUACGACGUGUCCAUCAUUGGGAUCUAUAAGCGCUCUCAGGCCCUUCGUGAUGGCAGCGUCUUCUCGGCCCACAGCUGGGACAGUGACGAAACCCUCAAGAACGAAAUUUUGAAUCUUUGCCGCCAGCACGAUGGGAAAGCCGGCGAAGAGCCUUGGUUUUUUGACCCCCUGGCUGAUAAAGUAAACUGCCAUCCAAGCAUCCGUCACCCUGCACCCGUUCGCCUACGCCCACAGCUUCGAAUAAACACAAACCCCGGCUCCGAAUACGGAGAGAUUGCUUCAGGAACUACGGUCUCACCUGAUGGUUCGUUGUCUCGCCUCUCUCCUGGUGGCCAAACAAUUGUGAGCGAGUUUUAUCCGAUAUCAAGAACUUCAACAGUUAUGACCUCACAAACCGCCUACGAAUCACACACACUUCUGUCCGAUUUCGCAAUUCCUAAAGUACCAGCAAUUCCUGCACAAUUCACGUCAAAUCACAAGAGGGGAAAGUCAUCGCUAUCGUCUUUCAGACGGUUUCUUCCAAAGUCCUUCCCACUGUCUUUGCCACUAUCAUCGGAUCCCCAGAUUCUCGCUCUUGCGGAUCCCAAUGCAGUAUCAGACGUGGAGAAGCAGGUCGUGACACCGUCUCCUUCUAGCAAGAAUAUUGCUGCGAAUGACACAGAUGUGCCAGCCAACGCGACUCAAACCUCGCCAGCAUCCAGUGCGACCCAGACUUCUCCCAAUUCAACGAGACCAACAGAGACCCAACCGGAAGGUCACGCUCGUACAAUGACUAUGAACUCAGCCGAUGCUCCAGAAGUCGUGAUGUCCGCCGAGCCCAGCAAAGUCGGCCGGUCCCAGAUGGCAUGCUUGGCUCAAACAACCAUGUCCAUCCAUCAUCCUCACCAUCCUCACUACAUUCCCAGACCACCAAUCACGCCAUCUCCACGAAAAUACUCCUCCUCAUGUCGUCAGAACUCCGCCGUUCUUCCACUACACGCCGAGCCCCCACGCCGAACAACUUCUCGCCAAACCCACGCCGUCCCGUAUCCGGUCCGCAAUAGCUCCUACUCAUUCGACAAGCAUCACAUGCCACGACACACGCCGAGCCAGCACCAUGCCAAUUGGCACCCUCAUCCUCCCCGUCGGGCCAAUCAACAGGUCUUCGACCCAGGCCGCUCGGUGCCUAAUCUACAACGCCGCAAUGAUGUUGAGGUUAUCUAUCCCAGCACCCGUCGGCCGCGUAGCAGUACGCAGGGCGGUUUCAAUGGUCCACUGAGCUGCAUCAUGGAGUCUGGCUCAAUUCCGCAGGGAUCUAUUGAUGAUUCCAAGUUCGCUGCUGCGGCCUCAGAAGGCAAGCCUAACGUGAUUGAUCAAUCGACUUAUCGCGGUGCGAAUAGGACCAGUCUGGGCUUUUACUGA